AUGUCAUCGUAUCUGCACAAGGAAUUUUCCCAGCUGCAGCCCAUACAGCACAAUGCAAGUGGAAAAGCAGAAAUGAAAUGUUCUCCCUCAGUCAUAACAUCAUCAGUUGGAUACAGUGGUACCCAGACUACCAUCCCCGAGGAUCACAGCCCGGUCUACAUCCCCACUUAUGUAGAAAACAGACACGAUUACCCAUCACUGACAUUUUGCAGCCCCUCUGUGGUGAGCUACAAUAUUCCUGGAAACCCCAGCGAUUCCGAAAAUGCUGCUAUGAGGCAGACUAUGAGCCCAAAUGUUCUGUGGUCUACACAGGAGCAUGCGUCCCCUGUCACUCUGCACUGUCAGUCGUCCCUAUUGUAUGCAGAGCCACCGAGGAGCCCAUGGUUUGAGGCAAAAAUGGAAGAGCACAGCUUGCCGUUAGUCAGAGAACCACUUAAAAGGAAAUCUUUGGCCAGUGAGUGUGCAAAUCAGGGCAUCACAAACCCGGGAUCCAAAAGAGACACUCACUAUUGCGCUGUGUGCAGCGACUAUGCAUCUGGAUAUCAUUAUGGGGUCUGGUCUUGUGAAGGCUGCAAAGCUUUCUUCAAGAGGAGCAUUCAAGGGCACAAUGACUACAUCUGUCCGGCCACAAACCAGUGCACAAUAGACAAGAACAGACGCAAGAGCUGCCAGGCAUGUCGGCUGAGGAAAUGUUUUGAAGUGGGAAUGAUGAAAUGUGGAACAAGACGGGAACGAUGUGGUUAUCGUAUUAUACGGCACCGGCGGCAUUCAGACGAUCAGAUGCAUUGUGUUGGAAAAAGCAAAAAGAUCAUUGAAAAUAUAACUCGUAUAAAAGAAGUACUUCCCAGCUCGUUAGGACCAGAACAGUUUGUUUUGUCUUUAAUCGAAGCAGAACCGCCAAAUGUUUUGUUAAUGAAUUGUCCCAGCAAACCCUUCACAGAGGCUUCUUUGAUGAUGUCGUUAACCAAACUUGCGGAUAAAGAAUUGGUUCACAUGAUAGGUUGGGCCAAGAAAAUUCCAGGUUUUGUGGAGCUCAGCCUGUACGACCAGGUGCGGCUACUAGAGUGCUGCUGGUUAGAAGUUUUAAUGAUGGGAUUAAUCUGGAGAUCGCUUGAUCACCCAGGGCAACUCUUCUUUGCACAAGAUCUUGCUAUUGACAGAGAGGAAGGCCGCUGUGUGGAGGGGAUUUUGGAGAUAUUUGACAUGCUUUUGGCCACAACAUCCAGAUUAAGGGAGCUAAAGCUUCAACACCGGGAAUAUCUGUGUCUGAAGGUUCUGAUUCUUCUGAACUCCAGCAUUUUUCCUUUCUCCAGUUCAGAAGAGGAAUCAGAUAGUAUCCGUAAGCUGCACCAUCUGUUAAAUACGGUGACUGAUGCGCUAGUUUGGGUCAUUGCCAAAAGUGGGAUUCCUUUCCGGCAACAGUCAGCGCGUUUGGCGAAUCUGCUGAUGCUUUUGUCCCAUGUCCGGCAUGCCAGCAACAAAGGCAUGGAGCACUUGCUCAGUAUGAAAUGUAAAAACGUAGUGCCCGUAUAUGAUUUACUGCUAGAGAUGUUAAAUGCUCAUACUCUGCGAGACCAAAGGAAAUCCUCUGUCACAACUCUAGGAUACAGUUCCAAAGCUCAGAGUGAGGGGCGAGACAUGGGCCCGCCCGCCACGUGA